CCGAUCGGCGUCCCAAUGAGUUCCGCGCCGGCCGACGACCAAGCCACACGUUUCUGAUUACGUCAACAAUAUUAUAGUGAGGAGUGGACGUGGAACGUGCCAGAUCUUGAGGAGUCAAUUGGUGCAAUCAUCUCGUUACGAGUAAACAAACCAGUUAGCAACAUGAAGAGGCGGUGGUUACCCGCACUGGCUUGUUUUUGCACGUGGAUUGCCGUAAUCGAAGCAAAUGCAGUUCCUACUCAGACCCAGGACACUAUGGUGAUAGCUAAAUCGGACAAUGGCCCCACGGACCCAAGUACAAAUGUGUCCAGUCACGAAACUGCUACGGCUGAACCAGUACCACCUGUGAAACUAACUGAGAUGGAGGUAACGUCGGACAUAGCCUUGCGAUACGCGCACACGGCUGUGGUCACACGCGUACGGAAUCCGGCCAAGCGCUCUCAGGAGGCCACGUUCAAGAUAUUAUUACCUGAUACAGCUUUCAUCAGUGGAUUUAUCAUGACACUGGAUGGAAAAUCUUACAAGGCAUAUGUGAAAGAAAAAGAAGAGGCUAAGAACAUUUACAACCAAGCGGUGGCUAGCGGAACUGCGGCUGCGCAUAUUGCUGCAAAGGCUCGUGACUCAAAUCACUUCACAGUGACGGUUAACGUGGAGCCUAAUACUGAGGCUGUUUUCAACUUGACCUACGAAGAGCUUUUGGUUCGGCGUAAUGGAGUGUAUAACCACGCCAUCAAUCUGCAUCCUGGGUCGCUUGUACCGAAUCUAUCAGUCACCGUGAACAUCCACGAGUCAGAGAAGAUCACGAAGCUAAGAGUGCCUGAGGUCAGGACAGGCAACGAGAUUGAUGCCACUGCAGAGGAUACACAAAAUUCCAAAGCAGUAAUCCAUCACCCUCACGAUGAUCGUCUAGCGACAGUUACAUUCAAACCCGAUCUUGAAGAGCAAAGAAGACUCAUCGGAAUUUAUAUGGAAAAGUCCAAAGAGUCGCAAUCAAAUAUGCGAAGUUUUUAUAACCCUGUGGAACCCGAUGUUGAGGAAAAAAAUGAAGGCGUCUUGGGACAAUUUGUUGUACAAUACGACGUGGAUCGCCCUAAAAAUGGGGAAAUUAUAGUUAACAAUGGCUACUUCGUUCACUUCUUCGCACCGUCUAACUUGCCGCCGUUGAACAAGCACGUGGUGUUCGUGUUGGACACAUCCGGCUCUAUGUCAGACAGAAAAAUCGUGCAACUACGGGAAGCGAUGGAAACUAUCCUGAGUGAUCUAAACAGAGGAGAUUAUUUUAAUAUUGUCGAGUUCGAUUCCAGUGUCACGGUCCAUGAAUUGAAAGAAGCGGAUGAGGAACCGGCACGGCCAUUAUAUCACUAUUACAGAACGUCAUAUGUUCCGAAGGUGAAACUAGUAGCACCAUCGCCGGCCACAGAAGAAAAUAAAGCGAAAGCUACAGUCAUCGUAAACAGACUAGAAGCUUCUGGAGGUACAAAUAUUGGUCAAGCUUUGGACAUCGCAGUGCAGAUCGUCAAGAAGGGUCUCAGUACAAACAACGAAGCGCACGAUGAUUUCGUAGAGAAUAACCCCGAUAUAGAAACAGACUCGGUCUCUGCGCCCCACACUGAGUCCACGACCUUACCUACGACUGUUGCGUCCGAAUUAUCUAAGCCUGAAAACGAAGCUGUCAAACUUGAGCCAAUCAUUAUCUUUUUGACGGACGGCGAUCCUACUGUUGGUGAAACCAAUCCAACGAAAAUUAUCAACCAUCUAACCGAAAAGAAUUACGGAGUUAACAAAGCAGCAAUAUUUUCUCUAGCUUUUGGACAAGACGCGGAUCGCAAGUUCCUGCGCAAGAUAUCGCUGCGAAACGACGGAUUCAUGCGGCAUAUCUACGAGGCUGCGGACGCAGCGCAGCAGCUUCGUGACUUUUAUCGGCAGGUGUCGUCCCCACUGUUAGCACAUCUUAAAUUCAUCUACCCUCCUAAUCAGGUGAAAAGUGAUUCGCUAACUAAGCACUCGUUCCGUUCAUACUACGAUGGCUCGGAGGUGGUGGUGGCCGGUCAGGUGGAUGAGACCGCCACUGAGAUCGUGUCGUCUUUAAAUGCCUACUGCGCCGUCGACAACCAAACGGGCAGUGUUCCGUACGAUGUAACAUUGACAGCACCGAUACCUCGUUCGAAGAACUACUACUUACCUCUGGAACGACUUUGGGCCUAUCUCACUGUUAAACAACUUCUGGAUAAAAAGGACGCACAAUUGGACUCAGAAAAGUCUGAAGCCAAAGAAAAGACUCCCGAAAAAGAAGCUCUGAAUAUAGCAUUGAAGUACCAGUUGGUGACUCCGCUGACGUCACUGGUAGUGGUCAAGCCCAAUGACACGAAAAAUGCUGUGAAUGCCGAAUCUGUUGACAAAGUUGCCAAUGACAAUCACGGCUUUGCACACGGUUUAGCAGGCUUUAUACGUGAUACCGCAUUGGCCCCGUUAUCCACGAAUAUAGGCGGAGCACAUCAUCACAUGUAUGUAGGAUCCUAUCCUGUUCCUCAAGCAUCUUACGCAAGUGCCAUUCUUCCAGGUUCAUCACUUACGCGGGAUAACGGAGUUGUGGAAAUGCAAGUAGAUCCGACCCUGGCUCACGCUGCUGGCCCGUUACAAUACGACGAUGUGGAAAGUCUCGACUACGAAGUGGAGCAGGCGUCACCUGGCUACAGAUCUACGAUUCCCACAUUACCGUCAUGGCAGAUGAGCAAGAGAGUUCCGGACUACCACACUACGUCUCUCAUAUCUCCGAGAGGUUCAACGGGACCCAUCAAUCACUCGUCAGACCAUAUGCAACCGGACUAUUACAUUACAACCCCUCGAGUGGUAACCAGUUCCAUCAGUCCCCUAAAUAAGUACGGAUUAGAGAGAUACUCUUGGGCAAUACAUCUGCUCAAUACCACUACUGAUUCACUUGUGGUCGAAGUCAAUGGAAUCGCGCUUAACUUGAAACUUAUCAAGGACAACAGGAUACCGUUGAUCCCUGGAGGUGACCCUGUAUGCAACAAUGCAAUAGACGGAGCCACCGGUAACUGCAUCUACAUCACAAGUUGUGUGGCAGCACAAAACAUCACCGUAGAGAAUUAUUCGAAAUCUGCUUGCAUCUUUGAUUCUGGAUACGCAGGAGUUUGCUGUCCCGAAGAUCGAAAUGCAAACAUAUCCGCGUGAUACAGACCAAGAAAAUUACAUGAAAUUAGAUAGUGGUUACAAAGAAAUUCUCCGAAAUGUGAUUAUUUAUAAGUUAUUAUUUAUAGGUUUACACAAUACGUUGUGAAUUCAUAGGUGCUAAUAAACUGUAUGGUGCCAUGUUAACAUUAUGUUAUACAUCCGUUGAUGAUCUGCGGAAGGUUUUAUUAUUAUUAGGUUAUUAUCGAACGUUUCUUAAAUAACAAAUAAAAAAUAAUCUUAC